GACAAGGAGGGUCUGAUAAAAGUACUGUCAGACAUUGUCAUCCAGAAAGAGGACUGUGAAAAUCUAUGGAAACAAAAGGUUAGGGCCGAACAACUACAUCUUGACAAACAGAAGACAGAGUUGAAAGAGGAGAGAGAAGAUCUGGAAACAAUGAAUGAGACAAUGAACAAUUAUAAACUGGACAUGGAGCUGAUGAGGUCUGACAUCCAGAAACAAACUGACCUAUUACAAAAGAAUAAACAUUAUUUCACAGAUGAAAGGGAGAACUUGGAAAUGACAAACACAGAGUUACAAAAGAAGAUAAAACAUGCAGACAACCUGUUUGAUGACAUUAACAGAGAGAAAAGCAACAUUAAAGAUCUGACUCUUCAGGUUCACACACAGAGAAAGAAGCUUCAGAAUGUGACGAACAUGAUCGCCUUGAAGCAAAGAGAGCAAGGAGUAAAGGAUGGUGACAUCAGGAGACAAAUUCAAGAACUACAAACCCAGAAGAAUAGUGUUUUGGCAGAAAGAGAAGAACUGGAUGUUUUGAGGAUGGAUCUCAAAAAUAAGAAUCUUGAGGUUGAAGCUGAAAUGAAAACCAUCAGUCAAGAGAAAGAAGACUUUAUUCAGAUGAAGGUUGAAGUACAAAAAGAGAGCAAACUGCUUUUGAUUGAAAAGGAAAGAAUGGUAGGACAAUGGUCUGACUUGAAAAAGAGAGAAAACAAGCAAAUGGAUAAAAUGAAAUCCAUUGAAUCCCUGAGAAUAAGACUUCAAGAGCUCGACGCCAGGAUGAGUCAAAACAUGAACCACAAAAUGAUCAGAUUGGAACAAAACAAGGAAGACAUCCUGAAACUGGUCAGUAUUCUAGAGGAAAAGCAAGAGGCUCUGGAUGUACAUAAAAUCAAUAUGAAGAGUUGCACUGAGAUGCUCGUGAGAGAAAGAGAAGGAUUGAAGAGUCUGAUGUCAGAAAUUGUCAUCCUAAGACAAUUCAUGGAAAAUCAACUGAAGCCAGAGACUUUGUCGGAAAAGAAAGAGCUCUUGAAACUAAAAGCAGAACUGGAUCAGAAGAGAGAAGAUCUGGAAAGACUGUCUGAGAAGAUGGACCAAGAAAAACUGGUCUUGAAUCUGAUCAGAUCUGAAAACCAGAAGCAAUGUGACCUAUUACAACAAGAUGCGCAAGAUAUAAAAGAGGAAAAAGAAAAAUUGAAACUCACAAAGACUGAACUAAAACAGAAGAGGGAACAUGUCGACAGUCUGUUGGAUGACAUAAGCCGAGAGAAAAGCAACAUUAAAGAUCUGACCCUUCAGCUUCAGUCACAAAGAAACACAUUUGAAAAUGUCAUUGACAAGGUCAUGUUAAAACAACAAGAACAAGAGCUCCACGAUGACACCAUCAGGAGACUGAAACUAGAACUGGAAAACAGAGAGAACAGUGUACUAACAGAAAGACAAGAACUGGAAGUUGGGAGGAAAAAUAUCGACAAGACAAAAGAAGAAGUUGAAGCUACUAUGAACAACAUCAGUGGUGAGAGAGAACGCCUCAGUCAGCUAAAGACUGACAUCAUCAGAGAGAGAGAAAUGUUUUUGAAUGAAAAGUACAAACUGGAAAGAGGAAGGUCUGAGCUGAAAAUAAGAGAACAUCAAGUAAUCAAUAAAAUGAAAGUUGUAGAAACUGUGAAAGUAAAACUCCAACAGCUAAAUGAAAGAAUUAGUGAUGAAAUCAAAGUGAAAAUGCAAAGUUUGGAACAAAAUAAUGAAGAUGUACUUAUACUGUGCACUGCACUGGGAGAAAGGUUCACUGAAAUUGAAGGACUGAAAGAAGACAUGGCUUGUUACACUGAGCUGAUGGGCAGAGACAAGGAGGGUCUGAUAAAAGUACUGUCAGACAUUGUCAUCCAGAAAGAGGACUGUGAAAAUCUAUGGAAACAAAAGGUUAGGGCCGAACAACUACAUCUUGACAAACAGAAGACAGAGUUGAAAGAGGAGAGAGAAGAUCUGGAAACAAUGAAUGAGACAAUGAACAAUUAUAAACUGGACAUGGAGCUGAUGAGGUCUGACAUCCAGAAACAAACUGACCUAUUACAAAAGAAUAAACAUUAUUUCACAGAUGAAAGGGAGAACUUGGAAAUGACAAACACAGAGUUACAAAAGAAGAUAAAACAUGCAGACAACCUGUUUGAUGACAUUAACAGAGAGAAAAGCAACAUUAAAGAUCUGACUCUUCAGGUUCACACACAGAGAAAGAAGCUUCAGAAUGUGACGAACAUGAUCGCCUUGAAGCAAAGAGAGCAAGGAGUAAAGGAUGGUGACAUCAGGAGACAAAUUCAAGAACUACAAACCCAGAAGAAUAGUGUUUUGGCAGAAAGAGAAGAACUGGAUGUUUUGAGGAUGGAUCUCAAAAAUAAGAAUCUUGAGGUUGAAGCUGAAAUGAAAACCAUCAGUCAAGAGAAAGAAGACUUUAUUCAGAUGAAGGUUGAAGUAGAAAAAGAGAGCAAACUGCUUUUGAUUGAAAAGGAAAGAAUGGUAGGACAAUGGUCUGACUUGAAAAAGAGAGAAAACAAGCAAAUGGAUAAAAUGAAAUCCAUUGAAUUCCUGAGAAUAAGACUUCAAGAGCUCGACGCCAGGAUGAGUCAAAACAUGAACCACAAAAUGAUCAGAUUGGAACAAAACAAGGAAGACAUCCUGAAACUGGUCAGUAUUCUAGAGGAAAAGCAAGAGGCUCUGGAUGUACAUAAAAUCAAUAUGAAGAGUUGCACUGAGAUGCUCGUGAGAGAAAGAGAAGGAUUGAAGAGUCUGAUGUCAGAAAUUGUCAUCCUAAGACAAUUCAUGGAAAAUCAACUGAAGCCAGAGACUUUGUCGGAAAAGAAAGAGCUCUUGAAACUAAAAGCAGAACUGGAUCAGAAGAGAGAAGAUCUGGAAAGACUGUCUGAGAAGAUGGACCAAGAAAAACUGGUCUUGAAUCUGAUCAGAUCUGAAAACCAGAAGCAAUGUGACCUAUUACAACAAGAUGCGCAAGAUAUAAAAGAGGAAAAAGAAAAAUUGAAACUCACAAAGACUGAACUACAACAGAAGAGGGAACAUGUCGACAGUCUGUUGGAUGACAUAAGCCGAGAGAAAAGCAACAUUAAAGAUCUGACCCUUCAGCUUCAGUCACAAAGAAACACAUUUGAAAAUGUCAUUGACAAGGUCAUGUUAAAACAACAAGAACAAGAGCUCCACGAUGACACCAUCAGGAGACUGAAACUAGAACUGGAAAACAGAGAGAACAGUGUACUAACAGAAAGACAAGAACUGGAAGUUGGGAGGAAAAAUAUCGACAAGACAAAAGAAGAAGUUGAAGCUACUAUGAACAACAUCAGUGGUGAGAGAGAACGCCUCAGUCAGCUAAAGACUGACAUCAUCAGAGAGAGAGAAAUGUUUUUGAAUGAAAAGUACAAACUGGAAAGAGGAAGGUCUGAGCUGAAAAUAAGAGAACAUCAAGUAAUCAAUAAAAUGAAAGUUGUAGAAACUGUGAAAGUAAAACUCCAACAGCUAAAUGAAAGAAUUAGUGAUGAAAUCAAAGUGAAAAUGCAAAGUUUGGAACAAAAUAAUGAAGAUGUACUUAUACUGUGCACUGCACUGGGAGAAAGGUUCACUGAAAUUGAAGGACUGAAAGAAGACAUGGCUUGUUACACUGAGCUGAUGGGCAGAGACAAGGAGGGUCUGAUAAAAGUACUGUCAGACAUUGUCAUCCAGAAAGAGGACUGUGAAAAUCUAUGGAAACAAAAGGUUAGGGCCGAACAACUACAUCUUGACAAACAGAAGACAGAGUUGAAAGAGGAGAGAGAAGAUCUGGAAACAAUGAAUGAGACAAUGAACAAUUAUAAACUGGACAUGGAGCUGAUGAGGUCUGACAUCCAGAAACAAACCUACCUAUUACAAAAGAAUAAACAUUAUUUCACAGAUGAAAGGGAGAACUUGGAAAUGACAAACACAGAGUUACAAAAGAAGAUAAAACAUGCAGACAACCUGUUUGAUGACAUUAACAGAGAGAAAAGCAACAUUAAAGAUCUGACUCUUCAGGUUCACACACAGAGAAAGAAGCUUCAGAAUGUGACGAACAUGAUCGCCUUGAAGCAAAGAGAGCAAGGAGUAAAGGAUGGUGACAUCAGGAGACAAAUUCAAGAACUACAAACCCAGAAGAACAGUGUUUUGGCAGAAAGAUCAGAACUGGAUGUUUUGAGGAUGGAUCUCAAAAAUAAGAAUCUUGAGGUUGAAGCUGAAAUGAAAACCAUCAGUCAAGAGAAAGAAGACUUUAUUCAGAUGAAGGUUGAAGUAGAAAAAGAGAGCGAACUGCUUUUGAUUGAAAAGGAAAGAAUGGAAGGACAAUGGUCUGACUUGAAAAAGAGAGAAAACAAGCAAAUGGAUAAAAUGAAAUCCAUUGAAUCCCUGAGAAUAAGACUUCAAGAGCUCGAUGCCAGGAUGAGUCAAAACAUGAACCACAAAAUGAUCAGAUUGGAACAAAACAAGGAAGACAUCCUGAAACUGGUCAGUAUUCUAGAGGAAAAGCAAGAGGCUCUGGAUGUACAUAAAAUCAAUAUGAAGAGAUGCACUGAGAUGCUCGUGAGAGAAAGAGAAGGAUUGAAGAGUCUGAUGUCAGAAAUUGUCAUCCUAAGACAAUUCAUGGAAAAUCAACUGAAGCCAGAGACUUUGUCGGAAAAGAAAGAGCUCUUGAAACUAAAAGCAGAACUGGAUCAGAAGAGAGAAGAUCUGGAAAGACUGUCUGAGAAGAUGGACCAAGAAAAACUGGUCUUGAAUCUGAUCAGAUCUGAAAACCAGAAGCAAUGUGACUUAUUACAACAAGAUGCGCAAGAUAUAAAAGACGAAAAAGAAAAAUUGAAACUCACAAAGACUGAACUACAAGAGAAGAGGGAACAUGUCGACAGUCUGUUGGAUGACAUAAGCCGAGAGAAAAGCAACAUUAAAGAUCUGACCCUUCAGCUUCAGUCACAAAGAAACACAUUUGAAAAUGUCAUUGACAAGGUCAUGUUAAAAGAACAAGAACAAGAGCUCCACGAUGACACCAUCAGGAGACUGAAACUAGAACUGGAAAACAGAGAGAACAGUGUACUAACAGAAAGACAAGAACUGGAAGUUGGGAGGAAAAAUAUCGACAAGACAAAAGAAGAAGUUGAAGCUACUAUGAACAACAUCAGUGGUAUGAGAGAACGCCUCAGUCAGCUAAAGACUGACAUCGUCAGAGAGAGAGAAAUGUUUUUGAAUGAAAAGUACAAACUGGAAAGAGAAAGGUCUGAGCUGAAAAUAAGAGAACAUAAGGUCAUCAAUAAAAUGAAAGUUGUAGAAACUGUGAAAGUAAAACUCCAACAGCUAAAUGAAAGAAUUAGUGAUGAAAUCAAAGUGAAAAUGCAAAGUUUGCAACAAAAUAAUGAAGAUGUACUUAUACUGUACACUGCACUGGGAGAAAGGUUCACUGAAAUUGAAGGACUGAAAGAAGACAUGGCUUGUUACACUGAGCUGAUGGGCAGAGACAAGGAGGGUCUGAUAAAAGUACUGUCAGACAUUGUCAUCCAGAAAGAGGACUGUGAAAAUCUAUGGAAACAAAAGGUUAGGGCCGAACAACUACAUCUUGACAAACAGAAGACAGAGUUGAAAGAGGAGAGAGAAGAUCUGGAAACAAUGAAUGAGACAAUGAACAAUUAUAAACUGGACAUGGAGCUGAUGAGGUCUGACAUCCAGAAACAAACUGACCUAUUACAAAAGAAUAAACAUUAUUUCACAGAUGAAAGGGAGAACUUGGAAAUGACAAACACAGAGUUACAAAAGAAGAUAAAACAUGCAGACAACCUGUUUGAUGACAUUAACAGAGAGAAAAGCAACAUUAAAGAUCUGACUCUUCAGGUUCACACACAGAGAAAGAAGCUUCAGAAUGUGACGAACAUGAUCGCCUUGAAACAAAGAGAGCAAGUAGUAAAGGAAGGUGACAUCAGGAGACAAAUUCAAGAACUACAAACCCAGAAGAACAGUGUUUUGGCAGAAAGAGAAGAACUGGAUGUUUUGAGGAUGGAUCUCAAAAAUAAGAAUCUUGAGGUUGAAGCUGAAAUGAAAACCAUCAGUCAAGAGAAAGAAGACUUUAUUCAGAUGAAGGUUGAAGUAGAAAAAGAGAGCGAACUGCUUUUGAUUGAAAAGGAAAGAAUGGAAGGACAAUGGUCUGACUUGAAAAAGAGAGAAAACAAGCAAAUGGAUAAAAUGAAAUCCAUUGAAUCCCUGAGAAUAAGACUUCAAGAGCUCGAUGCCAGGAUGAGUCAAAACAUGAACCACAAAAUGAUCAGAUUGGAACAAAACAAGGAAGACAUCCUGAAACUGGUCAGUAUUCUAGAGGAAAAGCAAGAGGCUCUGGAUGUACAUAAAAUCAAUAUGAAGAGUUGCACUGAGAUGCUCGUGAGAGAAAGAGAAGGAUUGAAGAGUCUGAUGUCAGAAAUUGUCAUCCUAAGACAAUUCAUGGAAAAUCAACUGAAGCCAGAGACUUUGUCGGAAAAGAAAGAGCUCUUGAAACUAAAAGCAGAACUGGAUCAGAAGAGAGAAGAUCUGGAAAGACUGUCUGAGAAGAUGGACCAAGAAAAACUGGUCUUGAAUCUGAUCAGAUCUGAAAACCAGAAGCAAUGUGACCUAUUACAACAAGAUGCGCAAGAUAUAAAAGAGGAAAAAGAAACAUUGAAACUCACAAAGACUGAACUAAAACAGAAGAGGGAACAUGUCGACAGUCUGUUGGAUGACAUAAGCCGAGAGAAAAGCAACAUUAAAGAUCUGACCCUUCAGCUUCAGUCACAAAGAAACACAUUUGAAAAUGUCAUUGACAAGGUCAUGUUAAAACAACAAGAACAAGAGCUCCACGAUGACACCAUCAGGAGACUGAAACUAGAACUGGAAAACAGAGAGAACAGUGUACUAACAGAAAGACAAGAACUGGAAGUUGGGAGGAAAAAUAUCGACAAGACAAAAGAAGAAGUUGAAGCUACUAUGAACAACAUCAGUGGUGAGAGAGAACGCCUCAGUCAGCUAAAGACUGACAUCAUCAGAGAGAGAGAAAUGUUUUUGAAUGAAAAGUACAAACUGGAAAGAGAAAGGUCUGAGCUGAAAAUAAGAGAACAUCAAGUCAUCAAUAAAAUGAAAGUUGUAGAAACUGUGAAAGUAAAACUCCAACAGCUAAAUGAAAGAAUUAGUGAUGAAAUCAAAGUGAAAAUGCAAAGUUUGCAACAAAAUAAUGAAGAUGUACUUAUACUGUACACUGCACUGGGAGAAAGGUUCACUGAAAUUGAAGGACUGAAAGAAGACAUGGCUUGUUACACUGAGCUAAUGGGCAGAGACAAGGAGGGUCUGAUAAAAGUACUGUCAGACAUUGUCAUCCAGAAAGAGGACUGUGAAAAUCUAUGGAAACAAAAGGUUAGGGCCGAACAACUACAUCUUGACAAACAGAAGACAGAGUUGAAAGAGGAGAGAGAAGAUCUGGAAACAAUGAAUGAGACAAUUAACAAUUAUAAACUGGACAUGGAGCUGAUGAGGUCUGACAUCCAGAAACAAACUGACCUAUUACAAAAGAAUAAACAUUAUUUCACAGAUGAAAGGGAGAACUUGGAAAUGACAAACACAGAGUUACAAAAGAAGAUAAAACAUGCAGACAACCUGUUUGAUGACAUUAACAGAGAGAAAAGCAACAUUAAAGAUCUGACUCUUCAGGUUCACACACAGAGAAAGAAGCUUCAGAAUGUGACGAACAUGAUCGCCUUGAAGCAAAGAGAGCAAGGAGUAAAGGAUGGUGACAUCAGGAGACAAAUUCCAGAACUACAAACCCAGAAGAACAGUGUUUUGGCAGAAAGAGAAGAACUGGAUGUUUUGAAGAUGGAUCUCAAAAAUAAGAAUCUUGAGGUUGAAGCUGAAAUGAAAACCAUCAGUCAAGAGAAAGAAGACUUUAUUCAGAUGAAGGUUGAAGUAGAAAAAGAGAGCGAACUGCUUUUGAUUGAAAAGGAAAGAAUGGAAGGACAAUGGUCUGACUUGAAAAAGAGAGAAAACAAGCAAAUGGAUAAAAUGAAAUCCAUUGAAUCCCUGAGAAUAAGACUUCAAGAGCUCGAUGCCAGGAUGAGUCAAAACAUGAACCACAAAAUGAUCAGAUUGGAACAAAACAAGGAAGACAUCCUGAAACUGGUCAGUAUUCUAGAGGAAAAGCAAGAGGCUCUGGAUGUACAUAAAAUCAAUAUGAAGAGUUGCACUGAGAUGCUCGUGAGAGAAAGAGAAGGAUUGAAGAGUCUGAUGUCAGAAAUUGUCAUCCUAAGACAAUUCAUGGAAAAUCAACUGAAGCCAGAGACUUUGUCGGAAAAGAAAGAGCUCUUGAAACUAAAAGCAGAACUGGAUCAGAAGAGAGAAGAUCUGGAAAGACUGUCUGAGAAGAUGGACCAAGAAAAACUGGUCUUGAAUCUGAUCAGAUCUGAAAACCAGAAGCAAUGUGACCUAUUACAACAAGAUGCGCAAGAUAUAAAAGAGGAAAAAGAAAAAUUGAAACUCACAAAGACUGAACUAAAACAGAAGAGGGAACAUGUCGACAGUCUGUUGGAUGACAUAAGCCGAGAGAAAAGCAACAUUAAAGAUCUGACCCUUCAGCUUCAGUCACAAAGAAACACAUUUGAAAAUGUCAUUGACAAGGUCAUGUUAAAAGAACAAGAACAAGAGCUCCACGAUGACACCAUCAGGAGACUGAAACUAGAGCUGGAAAACAGAGAGAACAGUGUAUUAACAGAAAGACAAGAACUGGAAGUUGGAAGGAAAAAUAUCGACAAGACAAAAGAAGAAGUUGAAGCUACUAUGAACAACAUCAGUGGUGAGAGAGAACGCCUCAGUCAGCUAAAGACUGACAUCAUCAGAGAGAGAGAAAUGUUUUUGAAUGAAAAGUACAAACUGGAAAGAGAAAGGUCUGAGCUGAAAAUAAGAGAACAUCAAGUCAUCAAUAAAAUGAAAGUUGUAGAAACUGUGAAAGUAAAACUCCAACAGCUAAAUGAAAGAAUUAGUGAUGAAAUCAAAGUGAAAAUGCAAAGUUUGCAACAAAAUAAUGAAGAUGUACUUAUACUGUACACUGCACUGGGAGAAAGGUUCACUGAAAUUGAAGGACUGAAAGAAGACAUGGCUUGUUACACUGAGCUGAUGGGCAGAGACAAGGAGGGUCUGAUAAAAGUACUGUCAGACAUUGUCAUCCAGAAAGAGGACUGUGAAAAUCUAUGGAAACAAAAGGUUAGGGCCGAACAACUACAUCUUGACAAACAGAAGACAGAGUUGAAAGAGGAGAGAGAAGAUCUGGAAACAAUGAAUGAGACAAUGAACAAUUAUAAACUGGACAUGGAGCUGAUGAGGUCUGACAUCCAGAAACAAACUGACCUAUUACAAAAGAAUAAACAUUAUUUCACAGAUGAAAGGGAGAACUUGGAAAUGACAAACACAGAGUUACAAAAGAAGAUAAAACAUGCAGACAACCUGUUUGAUGACAUUAACAGAGAGAAAAGCAACAUUAAAGAUCUGACUCUUCAGGUUCACACACAGAGAAAGAAGCUUCAGAAUGUGACGAACAUGAUCGCCUUGAAGCAAAGAGAGCAAGGAGUAAAGGAUGGUGACAUCAGGAGACAAAUUCAAGAACUACAAACCCAGAAGAACAGUGUUUUGGCAGAAAGAGAAGAACUGGAUGUUUUGAGGAUGGAUCUCAAAAAUAAGAAUCUUGAGGUUGAAGCUGAAAUGAAAACCAUCAGUCAAGAGAAAGAAGACUUUAUUCAGAUGAAGGUUGAAGUAGAAAAAGAGAGCGAACUGCUUUUGAUUGAAAAGGAAAGAAUGGAAGGACAAUGGUCUGACUUGAAAAAGAGAGAAAACAAGCAAAUGGAUAAAAUGAAAUCCAUUGAAUCCCUGAGAAUAAGACUUCAAGAGCUCGACGCCAGGAUGAGUCAAAACAUGAACCACAAAAUGAUCAGAUUGGAACAAAACAAGGAAGACAUCCUGAAACUGGUCAGUAUUCUAGAGGAAAAGCAAGAGGCUCUGGAUGUACAUAAAAUCAAUAUGAAGAGUUGCACUGAGAUGCUCGUGAGAGAAAGAGAAGGAUUGAAGAGCCUGAUGUCAGAAAUUGUCAUCCUAAGACAAUUCAUGGAAAAUCAACUGAAGCCAGAGACUUUGUCGGAAAAGAAAGAGCUCUUGAAACUAAAAGCAGAACUGGAUCAGAAGAGAGAAGAUCUGGAAAGACUGUCUGAGAAGAUGGACCAAGAAAAACUGGUCUUGAAUCUGAUCAGAUCUGAAAACCAGAAGCAAUGUGACCUAUUACAACAAGAUGCGCAAGAUAUAAAAGAGGAAAAAGAAAAAUUGAAACUCACAAAGACUGAACUAAAACAGAAGAGGGAACAUGUCGACAGUCUGUUGGAUGACAUAAGCCGAGAGAAAAGCAACAUUAAAGAUCUGACCCUUCAGCUUCAGUCACAAAGAAACACAUUUGAAAAUGUCAUUGACAAGGUCAUGUUAAAACAACAAGAACAAGAGCUCCACGAUGACACCAUCAGGAGACUGAAACUAGAACUGGAAAACAGAGAGAACAGUGUAUUAACAGAAAGACAAGAACUGGAAGUUGGAAGGAAAAAUAUCGACAAGACAAAAGAAGAAGUUGAAGCUACUAUGAACAACAUCAGUGGUGAGAGAGAACGCCUCAGUCAGCUAAAGACUGACAUCAUCAGAGAGAGAGAAAUGUUUUUGAAUGAAAAGUACAAACUGGAAAGAGAAAGGUCUGAGCUGAAAAUAAGAGAACAUCAAGUCAUCAAUAAAAUGAAAGUUGUAGAAACUGUGAAAGUAAAACUCCAACAGCUAAAUGAAAGAAUUAGUGAUGAAAUCAAAGUGAAAAUGCAAAGUUUGCAACAAAAUAAUGAAGAUGUACUUAUACUGUACACUGCACUGGGAGAAAGGUUCACUGAAAUUGAAGGACUGAAAGAAGACAUGGCUUGUUACACUGAGCUGAUGGGCAGAGACAAGGAGGGUCUGAUAAAAGUACUGUCAGACAUUGUCAUCCAGAAAGAGGACUGUGAAAAUCUAUGGAAACAAAAGGUUAGGGCCGAACAACUACAUCUUGACAAACAGAAGACAGAGUUGAAAGAGGAGAGAGAAGAUCUGGAAACAAUGAAUGAGACAAUGAACAAUUAUAAACUGGACAUGGAGCUGAUGAGGUCUGACAUCCAGAAACAAACUGACCUAUUACAAAAGAAUAAACAUUAUUUCACAGAUGAAAGGGAGAACUUGGAAAUGACAAACACAGAGUUACAAAAGAAGAUAAAACAUGCAGACAACCUGUUUGAUGACAUUAACAGAGAGAAAAGCAACAUUAAAGAUCUGACUCUUCAGGUUCACACACAGAGAAAGAAGCUUCAGAAUGUGACGAACAUGAUCGCCUUGAAGCAAAGAGAGCAAGGAGUAAAGGAUGGUGACAUCAGGAGACAAAUUCAAGAACUACAAACCCAGAAGAACAGUGUUUUGGCAGAAAGAGAAGAACUGGAUGUUUUGAGGAUGGAUCUCAAAAAUAAGAAUCUUGAGGUUGAAGCUGAAAUGAAAACCAUCAGUCAAGAGAAAGAAGACUUUAUUCAGAUGAAGGUUGAAGUAGAAAAAGAGAGCGAACUGCUUUUGAUUGAAAAGGAAAGAAUGGAAGGACAAUGGUCUGACUUGAAAAAGAGAGAAAACAAGCAAAUGGAUAAAAUGAAAUCCAUUGAAUCCCUGAGAAUAAGACUUCAAGAGCUCGACGCCAGGAUGAGUCAAAACAUGAACCACAAAAUGAUCAGAUUGGAACAAAACAAGGAAGACAUCCUGAAACUGGUCAGUAUUCUAGAGGAAAAGCAAGAGGCUCUGGAUGUACAUAAAAUCAAUAUGAAGAGUUGCACUGAGAUGCUCGUCAGAGAAAGAGAAGGAUUGAAGAGCCUGAUGUCAGAAAUUGUCAUCCUAAGACAAUUCAUGGAAAAUCAACUGAAGCCAGAGACUUUGUCGGAAAAGAAAGAGCUCUUGAAACUAAAAGCAGAACUGGAUCAGAAGAGAGAAGAUCUGGAAAGACUGUCUGAGAAGAUGGACCAAGAAAAACUGGUCUUGAAUCUGAUCAGAUCUGAAAACCAGAAGCAAUGUGACCUAUUACAACAAGAUGCGCAAGAUAUAAAAGAGGAAAAAGAAAAAUUGAAACUCACAAAGACUGAACUAAAACAGAAGAGGGAACAUGUCGACAGUCUGUUGGAUGACAUAAGCCGAGAGAAAAGCAACAUUAAAGAUCUGACCCUUCAGCUUCAGUCACAAAGAAACACAUUUGAAAAUGUCAUUGACAAGGUCAUGUUAAAAGAACAAGAACAAGAGCUCCACGAUGACACCAUCAGGAGACUGAAACUAGAACUGGAAAACAGAGAGAACAGUGUACUAACAGAAAGACAAGAACUGGAAGUUGGGAGGAAAAAUAUCGACAAGACAAAAGAUGAAGUUGAAGCUACUAUGAACAACAUCAGUGGUGAGAGAGAACGCCUCAGUCAGCUAAAGACUGACAUCAUCAGAGAGAGAGAAAUGUUUUUGAAUGAAAAGUACAAACUGGAAAGAGAAAGGCCUGAGCUGAAAAUAAGAGAACAUCAAGUCAUCAAUAAAAUGAAAGUUGUAGAAACUGUGAAAGUAAAACUCCAACAGCUAAAUGAAAGAAUUAGUGAUGAAAUCAAAGUGAAAAUGCAAAGUUUGGAACAAAAUAAUGAAGAUGUACUUAUACUGUGCACUGCACUGGGAGAAAGGUUCACUGAAAUUGAAGGACUGAAAGAAGACAUGGCUUGUUACACUGAGCUGAUGGGCAGAGACAAGGAGGGUCUGAUAAAAGUACUGUCAGACAUUGUCAUCCAGAAAGAGGACUGUGAAAAUCUAUGGAAACAAAAGGUUAGGGCCGAACAACUACAUCUUGACAAACAGAAGACAGAGUUGAAAGAGGAGAGAGAAGAUCUGGAAACAAUGAAUGAGACAAUGAACAAUUAUAAACUGGACAUGGAGCUGAUGAGGUCUGACAUCCAGAAACAAACUGACCUAUUACAAAAGAAUAAACAUUAUUUCACAGAUGAAAGGGAGAACUUGGAAAUGACAAACACAGAGUUACAAAAGAAGAUAAAACAUGCAGACAACCUGUUUGAUGACAUUAACAGAGAGAAAAGCAACAUUAAAGAUCUGACUCUUCAGGUUCACACACAGAGAAAGAAGCUUCAGAAUGUGACGAACAUGAUCGCCUUGAAGCAAAGAGAGCAAGGAGUAAAGGAUGGUGACAUCAGGAGACAAAUUCAAGAACUACAAACCCAGAAGAACAGUGUUUUGGCAGAAAGAGAAGAACUGGAUGUUUUGAGGAUGGAUCUCAAAAAUAAGAAUCUUGAGGUUGAAGCUGAAAUGAAAACCAUCAGUCAAGAGAAAGAAGACUUUAUUCAGAUGAAGGUUGAAGUAGAAAAAGAGAGCGAACUGCUUUUGAUUGAAAAGGAAAGAAUGGAAGGACAAUGGUCUGACUUGAAAAAGAGAGAAAACAAGCAAAUGGAUAAAAUGAAAUCCAUUGAAUCCCUGAGAAUAAGACUUCAAGAGCUCGACGCCAGGAUGAGUCAAAACAUGAACCACAAAAUGAUCAGAUUGGAACAAAACAAGGAAGACAUCCUGAAACUGGUCAGUAUUCUAGAGGAAAAGCAAGAGGCUCUGGAUGUACAUAAAAUCAAUAUGAAGAGUUGCACUGAGAUGCUCGUGAGAGAAAGAGAAGGAUUGAAGAGUCUGAUGUCAGAAAUUGUCAUCCUAAGACAAUUCAUGGAAAAUCAACUGAAGCCAGAGACUUUGUCGGAAAAGAAAGAGCUCUUGAAACUAAAAGCAGAACUGGAUCAGAAGAGAGAAGAUCUGGAAAGACUGUCUGAGAAGAUGGACCAAGAAAAACUGGUCUUGAAUCUGAUCAGAUCUGAAAACCAGAAGCAAUGUGACCUAUUACAACAAGAUGCGCAAGAUAUAAAAGAGGAAAAAGAAAAAUUGAAACUCACAAAGACUGAACUAAAACAGAAGAGGGAACAUGUCGACAGUCUGUUGGAUGACAUAAGCCGAGAGAAAAGCAACAUUAAAGAUCUGACCCUUCAGCUUCAGUCACAAAGAAACACAUUUGAAAAUGUCAUUGACAAGGUCAUGUUAAAACAACAAGAACAAGAGCUCCACGAUGACACCAUCAGGAGACUGAAACUAGAACUGGAAAACAGAGAGAACAGUGUACUAACAGAAAGACAAGAACUGGAAGUUGGGAGGAAAAAUAUCGACAAGACAAAAGAAGAAGUUGAAGCUACUAUGAACAACAUCAGUGGUGAGAGAGAACGCCUCAGUCAGCUAAAGACUGACAUCAUCAGAGAGAGAGAAAUGUUUUUGAAUGAAAAGUACAAACUGGAAAGAGAAAGGUCUGAGCUGAAAAUAAGAGAACAUCAAGUCAUCAAUAAAAUGAAAGUUGUAGAAACUGUGAAAGUAAAACUCCAACAGCUAAAUGAAAGAAUUAGUGAUGAAAUCAAAGUGAAAAUGCAAAGUUUGCAACAAAAUAAUGAAGAUGUACUUAUACUGUACACUGCACUGGGAGAAAGGUUCACUGAAAUUGAAGGACUGAAAGAAGACAUGGCUUGUUACACUGAGCUGAUGGGCAGAGACAAGGAGGGUCUGAUAAAAGUACUGUCAGACAUUGUCAUCCAGAAAGAGGACUGUGAAAAUCUAUGGAAACAAAAGGUUAGGGCCGAACAACUACAUCUUGACAAACAGAAGACAGAGUUGAAAGAGGAGAGAGAAGAUCUGGAAACAAUGAAUGAGACAAUGAACAAUUAUAAACUGGACAUGGAACUGAUGAGGUCUGACAUCCAGAAACAAACUGACCUAUUACAAAAGAAUAAACAUUAUUUCACAGAUGAAAGGGAGAACUUGGAAAUGACAAACACAGAGUUACAAAAGAAGAUAAAACAUGCAGACAACCUGUUUGAUGACAUUAACAGAGAGAAAAGCAACAUUAAAGAUCUGACUCUUCAGGUUCACACACAGAGAAAGAAGCUUCAGAAUGUGACGAACAUGAUCGCCUUGAAGCAAAGAGAGCAAGGAGUAAAGGAUGGUGACAUCAGGAGACAAAUUCAAGAACUACAAACCCAGAAGAACAGUGUUUUGGCAGAAAGAGAAGAACUGGAUGUUUUGAGGAUGGAUCUCAAAAAUAAGAAUCUUGAGGUUGAAACUGAAAUGAAAACCAUCAGUCAAGAGAAAGAAGACUUUAUUCAGAUGAAGGUUGAAGUAGAAAAAGAGAGCGAGCUGCUUUUGAUUGAAAAGGAAAGAAUGGAAGGACAAUGGUCUGACUUGAAAAAGAGAGAAAACAAGCAAAUGGAUAAAAUGAAAUCCAUUGAAUCCCUGAGAAUAAGACUUCAAGAGCUCGAUGCCAGGAUGAGUCAAAAAAUGAACCACAAAAUGAUCAGAUUGGAACAAAACAAGGAAGACAUCCUGAAACUGGUCAGUAUUCUAGAGGAAAAGCAAGAGGCUCUGGAUGUACAUACAAUCAAUAUGAAGAGUUGCACUGAGAUGCUCGUGAGAGAAAGAGAAGGAUUGAAGAGUCUGAUGUCAGAAAUUGUCAUCCUAAGACAAUUCAUGGAAAAUCGACUGAAGUCGGAAGAGAAUGAUCUCUUGAAACUAAAAGCAGAACUGGAUCAGAAGAGAGAAGCUCUGGAAAGACUGUCUAAGAAGAUGGACCAAGAAAAACUGGUUUUGAAUCUAACAAGAUCUGAACUCGAUAAACAUAAUAAUAUAACAUCUGGUUUUUAUGGUUUGAUACAAAGAGAGAUAAAACAUGUUGUGACAGUAACCUUUGACAAGGCGGUUCAAACUGAGGCCAUACCAAAAGAAUCACUGCAAGAGCAUGAUUUCAAGAAACAGGAUUUGAAUAAACAUAGAGAGUUUGAAUAUGACUCUGACCUGCACCCAGAUGUCAUGAUCAAGACUGAAGAAUUUAAACAUCAGUGGAAGUUCCCAGGUGAUAGAUCUGACCUUGAACGAGAAAGGAAACACUUGGCAACCAAGAGAAAAUGUCUGCUCAUGGUUACGGAAGAAAUGGAAAAUGAACAGAAACAGAAGCUUGCAACAUUGUCCGAGUUUGAAACACAGCAAAAUCAUUGUACUGAGAAAAUGUCAAAAAGUGAUUGUUUGCAAAAGAUCUGGAAGAGCACUACAAUACAACGUAAGGAGAUUGAUAAUAUGAAAUCCAGGGGUCAUGAAAUAAGAAAUAAUCUGGAGAAAAGACUAAAGGUGAUCAAUCAGUUUGUUAAAAUAACAUGUUCACAAAAAGAUUGGGAGCUACAGGAUAAGUCAAAACUGGGAGAAAGACUAAGUAAGAACAGAACAUCUGAAAAGGACGGGGCGAGAGACAGCAAAAUACUUAAUGAAAAAUAUUCAGAGCUCAAACAACUUAAGUUUCGGAUGCUGAGCAAAAUUGAGAAACUCCACGUCAAAGAAACAGAGAAUAGGACACAGAAGACUUGUGAUAAAGCUAAUCAAACAUUACAGUUGGAUAUAACCAUGGGAAAUGAAGGUUCUAGCAAAACACAUCAAGAGCCAAUGGUGCAAACAGAAGCCUCUUCAGAAACAUCCAGUGGACUCCUCAGUCAGCUCCGGCAUUACUGCUGUCACUACUGCCCCUGUUGUGCCUGCUGUACGCAAGGGAGCACAUAGGAGAGAUGAGAGACAGGUUCAUGUCUCUGCAGUUGUGAAUUUGAAUGUUUUAAUGUUCUGGCAGGAAUAUAAAGUACUUUUCAACACGUUUUGCACUUACAUACAAAGAUAACACCUGGUGAUUUUGAAACAGCUUGUGUUUUAGCUGAUUGGGCCUGAAUCACAGUGCCAGGCAAGAGUUCGGAUGGGACAGUCUAGAUACCUGAAAACUGAAAAUGAAUUAUGUUUGGUUUCCAAAUUCAUAUUAGCUUAAGUGAAAUAUUGUAUGGCUUUUACACCAUAUUUCUUUGUAUUUCUUUGUAUGUUUGUCUUACAUAGCAGAAUAAGAUUUAGAAGUGUUAUAAGAAUGCUUUGAAGUAUAAUGUAUUAGAUGUAAGAAUACUAAUAAUAAUCAUUUUAAAUACUUGAGAACUGCCUCUGUCAAGUAACAUUUUAUUCGUUGUUGUUGCUUGUUUGUAUUUCUUGCUCUUCCUUUAA